AUGGGGAUGAGAGUAAUCAUUAGAGAUCAUAAUGGAUGGGUUAUAGGUGCACUCAGGGCAUCUUGGCUAAUCAUAGACAACCCUUUUGAUGCUGAAGCUCAGGGGCUCCUACUAGCAGCAGUCUUUUGCAAUGAAAUUGGUUUGAAGCAGAUAAGAAAAUGUAAUUAUGAGAGACUAAUAUUUGUGGAUGAAGAUGAUUUGCUUCCAGAUUUUGGGGAGAUGAAAUGGAGAAUUUACAACACUGCCCCUGCCGCCUAUCCCGCGACUCCCACUUUCCUUUCAGAAUCUCCUCUCUCUCUCUUUGAUCUCUCUAACCCUCGCAGUCGCCGCUCUCUCUCCCGCUCUGUAGUUCGUCCGUCGUAUGCCGUCAGGACUCAGGAAAUUCUUCAUCGCCGUGAAGUCCGUCGCACGCCUAGUUUGUCGCCGAAGCUCAAGGCGAAGCAAACGCCAAUGAAUUUGUGGUGGGCUCUGCAGGGACUUCUGCAAAUGGAAGAGCAGCUGGGUGUAGUAAGGAGAUUUCCGAGUGCAGAGAAGGAAACGAAGAGCCAGAAGAUAAUGUUUUUGUGAAUGAGGAUUAUAUCUACACCAACUCUUUUCCUUAGAUAAUUUAUCUCCUUGUAAUGUAAAUUUGCUUUCAAUGGAUCAUUUUGUAGCUUGAGUCCAAACAUUUGUUGUUUAAGUUUAUGCACGGAAAAUUAUUAAUUUUUAAUACUAUUUAUAAUCU